GUUGGGGGUCUCCUUUUCCCCCGUGGGGGAGAUCUGCCCAUGAAAAUGAUGGAUGGCGUCACCGUUGGAUUUCGCACCUGCGCAUGCCUGAGGACUCAAUGCUGCUGGAUGAUUGGCAAGGUCUUGAUCCGUAUGCUGAUGAAAGUAGUGUUGAGCAUUACGUAGAGGGGGCGGGCGCUUCAGCAUCAGAGGAUUGUGCCCAUGUUCCAUCGUUGUUGCCAAUGCACAUCAGUGAUGUUUGCUCCAUUUUGCCCAAACAUAGCAAGUACUGCCGCAGGACGGAGUGGCCUUUGUCUACCAAUCCAGAUGAUUCCUGUUAUAGUAUAUCAGGCAAGCUCUUGGGUGGGUACGGAGAUCCCAACUCCGCAGUUCUACCCCCUUCAAGAGAUGGAGAUGGGUAUUUGGGCGGUGGGUUUGAAAUGCCCAACUCACGACUUGUACCUCAAUCUAGGGAGGACGAUGGGUAUUAUUGCAAUGCAAGUGCAUCUUUGAGCAAUAAUGUCCAUUCCCAGCGCAAAAGGCAUGCCGAUGCUGAGGCUAUCGACUCCGCCUACCCAAAGAGGGCGGUCCGCAGGAGAUGCGAAGAUGAUUUCGCUCUUCACGGCAAUUCUGCAAUGCUUCUCCAAUUGCAAGGGGGGAGCAAAGGCAAGGCAGGGGGCUAUAACCAGGCCUCUGAUGGUGUUGGCAGUUUCGAGAACGCUAAAGAUCAGGAGCUGUGUGGUGGUACGGUGACCCAGACUCCUGUUCACAGUGUGCAGAACGUCCCUCCAAAGGGCCUGAGUGGCUCUGUUAAGCUCUGGCUUGCGAACAGGCAAGUCAAGGAUGAUGAAGCACAGGGUUCUAAACUGUGCGAUGCUGAAAGCAAAUGCGGAAGCCGGAUGCAGAAGAGAGAAGAAAGGAAAGAAGAGAAGGAAGAAGAUGAAGUUGUAGAAAUUGAACAAGAGGAGGCAUAUGUCGAAGGCAUUACCCUGUCCGCAAACUCUGCGGACACAUGCGAGUCGACUUGCAAACAGGCGAGUCGACCAUCCUGUCUGCGGUCAGAGCAGAAGUCGAGUUUGGAAGCACUGAAGUUGCUGAAGGCGGCAAAUGUGAUGUCAACAAGAAUGCCUUGCUCGCCAGUUGCAGUUGUACAUCCCGAACAGGAGUCUAACUAUGGCCUGGCAAGCGGGAGCACAAACGUGAAAGAAUGGCAGGACGUCGCCAGUUUGGGUGAAUGGGCAGGGGGGCAAACACGCAAGAAAGCGCGGUUGCUGUUACCUUUGCUAGUAUCUUCCCCUCCCUCCGCUCGAGGGAGGGAGUACAGGACCCCGUGGGAUGAGUGGGUGGCACGGAGGAAGACAAUGUCGUCGGUCCUGCGGGUCGAUGUCAAUGACCCUUCGCUUGCCUGUCAAUAUGAGAAAGACGCCUCUUUGCUGCUUUCUUCGGGCGGUGGGAAGCGGAAGGAUCGCUCAUCGACCUAUCCUAUUUGUAGAUCGCCUUUGGGGAGGCGAAUAUCGAAGAGGCCGCCGCCAUCAGCCGGGCAAGCAGGACGAACUCUCGAGGAGGGGGAGGAGGAGAAGGUGAGCGUUGUCUUGCCUGGUUCUCUGGCGGCAGCUGACUGCUCCCAAACAAUACCUGGUGUCGCUACGGAAGCGCUGGAGUCUGUUCCGGUCCUUCCGCUUCUGCCGCUGUCGCCGAGCAAUGUAGGGGGGCAGCAGAGCGGUGGUGGUCUAUCAAUUGGGAGAGGAGGAGGAGCUGUCAGUGCGAGUGCGCUCGGAGGAAUGGAACCAGUGGAAGGGUGGCUAUUUCGGCAAAAGGCGCUUGUCGGCUCGUUUGAGGAGUGUCUAUUCUCAGGCCGCCUCUUGGCCCCCAGCCCAUCAACGAAGCUUGGAGGUUUCUUAGCACUUCUGAGCGUCGUUGGGGGCUCAAUUGCUCCUGCCAACCGCAGGCUUCCCUUUUCUGUGAGCUGUAUUGACGAAGGAUCCUUCCUCUAUCAUGCUUGCAUCGAUUUGGACUUGACAGCACCAGACCAAGCCUCACCGCUCACGCCGUCCCCUGAUGCAAAAAAGUCGCUGCCAUCUCCACCUUCAUCCUCACCAACAUUCUCCUCGCCAUCGUCUCCCUUGUCCUCAUCGCCCGUGCCUCGGUUAUCCCCCUCACAAUCCGGAUCCGUUUCUCUCGUAUCCACGUCACCAUCUUCUUCACAGCAUGAGUCGUCACCUGCCAAGUGCUCUCGUCUGCUUCUACGGUCCUUUCGUGCUGCAUCUGCUUCGUACUCCGCUGACCUCAGUCCUUCACCGCAGUCAGCAGCGUCUCCUAGCAGAGACAGACUGGACCCUGAUGGCUCUCGCAACAUCCAUUCUCCCAGGACUGACCUGUUCCCCAAACCGUGGUCCCCAGUAGGACUAGAAUCUGGUGGCAGCGGAGGGAGUUUUGGUCGCACUAGUCCAGGUUCGGGCGAUGCCUCAGGGCACAUGAUCAAAUUGGGCGUGGUUGGCAAUGGUUGUGGAAGCUGCAACAUGUCCCGAUACAGGGUGCCCAUGAAGGGCAGAAUUCAAUUGGUCCUUUCGAACCCAGAAAGAACGCCGAUCCAUACUUUUGUUUGCAACUAUGACCUUUCUGACAUGCCGGCUGGAACAAAGACAUUUCUUCGUCAGAAGGUGAUUGCCACCCCUACUACAAAUUGUGUCCUGGCGGCGAAUGGAGUGGAAGGAAGUGGUGGUAGUGCUAAUCAAGUAGACGGAGCAAGUGCUGCGAAUGUUUCACCCGUGACCAGCAGCAGCAGCAGCAGCAGCAGCAGCAGCAGCAGCAGCAGCAAGAAUGGUCGUGGCAGCGGUACGCUGCGUUACGCCAUACAUGUUCGGUUUGUUUGUCCGCGUGUUCGGUAUUCAGGAAGGCAUAAGCAUCACCGGAGCGGCGCGGCAUCAUCUGUCAAAUGCACUGGCACAUUGGAGGGAAAACAUCGGCAGAAUGGUAAUCGCCAGAGUGGAACACCGAUCUGUGAGAGGAGAUCGGCAAGUGGUGGCAGUGAAGAGCUCAUCCAGCAUAACGAUGGAUCCGGAAUCGUGUCAUCGCUGUCCGGGCAAGAGAACGGCGGACACUUCGCUGCAGGAAAGGAAAAUCUUGUCAAGGAAAAUGGACAAAAGGAAAAUCUUGGAAGGAGAAACGGAGGAACAAAAGAAGAUGUCGUGACGGAGAAUGGAGGCAAGGAGAGUGGAGUGUACUCAGAAGUAGGUAGAUGGAGCAAUUGCCCUAUCCAAACGUUAUCGGGAGAUGACGUGAUUCCGAACAAAACUGGUUUUUUGGGAGCCGGGGGUGGAACGCCAGAAAGAGAUUCCAGGCGGUUUUAUCUGUACGGCGACCUGAGGGUGGUCUUCCCCCAGAGAGGUGCCGAUCUUGGAAAUGAGAAGUUACGCGUGGAGUAUGAUUUCCCUGACAAUCCCAAGUAUUUUGAAUGCCUCUGAUUCUGAAAAAGGGGUCUUAAAAGAGUGACUAUUCCGCAAAUAGGGGUCUGAACUGCAAAUAGGGGUCUGCAGAGGUCUGCAGUGACUAUGCCGGGAAGAGGGGUCUGAAGUGACUAAGUGGCUAUGCUGUGAAGAGGGGUCUGUAGUGACUACCCCACGAAGAGGGGUAUUUCUGCAGCAUUAUGAGAUUACGAGGGCCCUCCAGUGCCUAUGUUGCGAAGAGGGGUCUGAUGAAGACUCUGAAGUGACUAUGCUGUGAAGAGGGGUCUGCAGUGACUAUCCCGCGAAGAGGGGUAUUCUGCAGCACCUGUCUCUUAUACACAUCU